UUAACGUUCCUUUUCUUCAUCUAUUCCCCCAUUCAUUGUUCUUCCAUCGAUCCAUCAAACAAACCCAAUUCUCUCGCCCCUCUCUCUCCCCUCAAUUUCUCAUCAGACAAAAAACAUCUCUGUUUUCUUUUCUUUUCUCUGCUGAUUCAUUUGUGUUCUCGCCGCUCUUCUGUUUCUUUUUUUUUCCCCCAUGGAUUUGAGCACCAAAAGUUCAAAAUCAGUUACCCCGGUGAAAGAUCCUCAUGGGUUUCACUCCAAGGUUCAAGAAAUCUCCAAAAUCUCUGAGAAUUUAAAUCCCAAUGUUUCACAUUCAAGCCCUGUUGCAAAACACACAAACUCCCCACUGAUCAAAUCUGCAAAAUCCCAAAAAACGGCAUCAAAGAAUCCAAUUAUCAACCACAAUGCGGUCCCCUACUCCCCUAGAAACAAGAUUAGGGAAAGGAAGUUUGUGGUGGCAAAGAAGAAUUCACAGAAGGGGAACGUAAAUUUAACUUCAGCAGUGGACUGCAAGUGCAAGGAGAGAUUUGGAGGUAAUACAAUGAAGUGUUUGUGUGUUGCCUAUGAGACAUUAAGGGCUUCACAGGAAGAGUUUUUUAAGAAUCGGGAUGGAAUUGAAGAGAAAGGCGAAAUGGAUAAAGAAAAAACCACUGGUUAUAAAGCUGAAAGUGAAGCAGAAGAGGAGGAGAUAGAGAAGGGAUUUAUGGCUCAAAAGGAUGAGAGCGAAGGUGGAUAUGGUUCUGAUAAUCAAAGAUUGUGUGAGAGUGAGCAAUCAGGCCAAGUGGGCAUUUCCACAAUUAAAAGAAGGAGAGAUAAGCUGCUUGAACAAGCAAGAAAUAGUGUACCUGAAUCUGGGAUCGUGAUGCAUCUGGUUAAAGCUUUUGAGCAGCUGCGAACUAUACCAGAUGUGAAGGAAUCUGAUAAAAAGGAAGAGAAGAUUAAGGAUGAGAAGAAGAAAGCAAUGCAAUGGGCACUGCCUGGAUUGCAGCAUCCAAAAUUGCCAGAUAUUCAAACUAAUUCUUCAUGUUCAUUGUCUGUGUUCCAGUCUUCCAAGGUGGCCGAAAUGCAGGAUUCUCCUUCUUCAUUAUGCCCAUCGGAUUUGCUUCUGACUUCUGAGAAUCUGGGUUUGGAUCCAAGGCUUUCUGUUUCUUCAUCAUGGGACAGCAGUCAAGGCAGUAUUUCCAGCAGGACUUCUAAUGGAGGUCGUAGAAGCCGAAGAAAUAGCUCUGAGUCAUGUGGAACAAUGGGUGGGAGUAGAUGGAAGAAGAAGCAAUUGAAGAUCACACGUCAACAGCCAUUUAAGCUAAGAACAGAGCAAAGAGGAAGAAUGAAGGAGGAGGAGUUCAUGAAAAAGUUACAGGAAAUGAUGACUGAGGAGGAGAAGCAGCGGAUUCCUGUUGCACAAGGCCUUCCUUGGACAACAGAUGAACCAGAGUGUCUGAUCAAACCUCCAGUAAAAGAGAACACCAGGCCAGUUGACCUUAAGCUUCAUAGUGACAUUCGGGCAGUGGAACGAGCAGAAUUCGACCAUCAGGUAGCUGAGAAGUUAAGUCUAAUUGAGCAGUACAAGAUGGAAAGAGAGAGACAGCGAAAGAUGGAAGAAGAGGAAGAAGUACGCAGACUGAGGAAAGAGCUUGUUCCAAAAGCACAGCCUAUGCCCUAUUUCGACCGGCCCUUCAUUCCCAGAAGGUCUAUGAAGCAUCCAACUGUGCCUAGAGAACCCAAGUUUCACAUACCUCAACACAAGAAGAUUAAAUCUUGUCUAUCAUGGAAUGACCUCAGCACCUUUACUUACCAACAGUGAGGCGAUAACAAUAGAAGCAUUCCUUGUCAAAUCACUAAAUGCUUACCUCCAAUAUUUGUACAUGAAGCAACAAAUUUAGUUGCCAUUUUUGAGACCUUUGGUUUGUUUUUCAAGUACAGUGAAAUUAAUGAAAAUCUUGUUGGCUACCAAUUUCCAA